ACCAAGACGGCGCGAAAAUGGCGAGAGGAGAAUGGUAUGAAAAAGAUGGCAUGGCUACCUAACCCUUCUGAUUUGAAUCCCAUUGAAAACAUCUGGUGGAUCAUCAGGAGGCGCCUUAACAAGCUGCCCAAAAAGUCCACUGGCAAGCAAGAGAUGAUGGAGAUGAUCAAGGAAAUAUGGGACUCCAUUACACCAGAAGAGAUACGAGCCUUGGUCACUACCAUGAACUCUGGAAUCCGAAAGGUGCUGGAGGUGGAUGGUGGCUCGAUCGAUUAUUGA